GCCAAACCAAACUAAACUAAACUAGUGGAAUUCAAAAAACAAUGACUAUCAAAAACCCAAAACCUCACCCACAAUGGUACUCGCCAGAGACUGGAAUCUACUCCAGCACGUUCCCCAAUAGAUAUGUCCCCUCAGAUCCUUUUCUUGAUGUUGUUUCCUUCAUCUUCUCCCACAAACACAGAGGGUUCUCAGCUCUCAUUGAUUCCUCAACUGGGUCUUCCAUUUCCUACCCAGAACUCUACCCCUUGGUCCAAGCCAUGGCCUCUGGCCUCUACCACAGUAUGGGUGUCAGACAAGGUGAUGUGGUUUUGGUUUUGUUGCCGAAUUCCAUUUACUACCCUAUUGUUUUCUUGGGUAUUGCGUCUUUAGGUGCAAUCGCUACAACCAUGAAUCCUCUCAGUAGUACACCAGAAAUUAAGAAACGGAUAACUGAUUGUAAUGCGUCCCUAGCUUUCUCUGCAGCUGAAAAAGUUGACACAUUGCAAGCAUUGGGUGUUCCUGCAAUUGGGGUACCAGAUAAUGUGAAUUUGGAUAGGAAGAAAACUAGUUUUUCAGCUUUCUAUAAGCUCAUUUCUGGUGAUUUUGAUUUGCCUCCUAAGCCGGUGAUUAAGCAGCAGGACACUGUGGCUUUAAUUUAUUCCUCUGGGACUACUGGGGUGAGCAAAGGUGCUAUGCUAACACACGGGAAUUUUAUAGCAAUGGUUGAGCUUUUUAUUCGUUUUGAGGCUUCACUGUACCCGUAUGAGGCUGUGGAUAAUGUGCAUUUAGCUGUUUUACCAAUGUUUCAUAUAUACGGGCUGGCACUAUUUGUGUUAGGAUUGUUCUCUGUGGGUUCUUCAAUUGUUGUGGUGAAGAAAUUUGAUUUGAAUGAGGUGAUGAAGGCCAUUGAUAGAUAUAAAGUCACACACUUUCCACUUGUCCCACCAAUAUUGACAGCUUUGACGACGAAAGCAAAGGAUUCUGGUGGAAGUAGUUUCAAGAGUUUGAAGCAGGUUUCCUGUGGGGCAGCUCCUCUGAGUAGUAUAAAAGUCGUAGAGGACUUAAAGCAGGCAUUGCCUCAUGUUGAUUUCAUUCAGGGUUAUGCAAUGACUGAGUCAGCUGGAGUAGGAACCCGCGGCUUCAAUACUGAAAAGAUUCGAAAUUAUACUUCAAUAGGACUAUUGGCUCCAAAUACGCAAGCUAAAGUGGUAGAUUGGAAUACCGGUUCCUCUGUGCCUCCUGGCAGUACUGGUGAGCUUUGGCUACGAGGACCUGGAAUCAUGAAAGGAUAUUUGAAUAAUGUGGAGGCAACUAUGGCAACAGUUGAUAAAGAUGGUUGGCUACAUACUGGAGACAUUGUUUCUAUUGAUCAUGAUGGAUACAUUUUUGUACAAGAACGAUUGAAAGAGAUUAUCAAAUACAAGGGCUUUCAGAUUGCUCCCGCUGAUUUAGAAGCUGUGUUGAUCUCCCAUCCUGAGAUACUUGAUGUUGCAGUCACAGCUAUCUUGGAUGAAAAAUCUGGGGAGAUACCAGUGGCAUUUGUAGUGAAGAAGCAUGGAAGCAAACUUUCUGAGGCAGCUGUUAUUGAUUAUGUCGCUGAACAGGUUGCACCAUACAAGAAAGUCAGGAAGGUGGUCUUUACAAACUCCAUACCAAGAUCUGCAGCAGGAAAGGUCCUUCGAAGGCAACUCAGGAGCAACAUGGCUUCUAGACUCUGAGAACUCUUUCUCUGGCUGGCCAUAAUCUUAAAUUGAACAAAUUAAAUGAAUAGACCUUUAUCUUUGUAUUUUUUGCUAAUUAUAAUUGUUUAAAUAAAUCCAUGACCUUCCAUAAAAAAAAAAAAAAAAAAUAAAUAAUCCAUGACCACAAUAGGACCAUCAUAGUUUUUUGCCAAAAUUUUUUAAUUCAAAAUUUUACUGGAUUGGAGAAUGUAGAGUUGUCUCAAUAAAUGAUUUUGUUGGAGGUGCCUUCUGGUUCAAAAGCUCAAUAGGACCAUCUUGGUUCCACCGGAUCAGGGUUUCUGUGAUCCAAUUAAAUUUGUACUCAAUUUGAGGCCAAGUUCAACUUGAAUAAAACAUUUGAUUCAACAUCGUAUUCAGUU